UUUUUUUGAAAGCAAACAAAUCUACUGAUAUCAGAUUUCUCACAUAAUCACAUUUCCAUACAUUUAUUCUCAGCCGAAAGCCCAUUACUAAGAUUUACCAUUUUUUUAUUUUUUUUAUUUUAACAAUAAAUUGAAAGAAAGACAUUCCCCCAAUUCCACCAAAAUCAAAAUCAAAAUCAAAAUCAAACUCAAAAUCAAACUCAAACUCAAAAUCCUCUAAACCCUUCAUUUCCAUCCAUUUUUCUCCCAAAAUCCAACAACCCCAUCUUCAAAUCUAUGUUCCCAAUUCAAUUCUCUCUCUCAAAACCCUUUUCAUUUUCUGAAUCGAUCUUCUCCCUCACAAGUUCUUAAACCCCCUUCAUUUCACUGUUUGGAGUUGCAUGAUGAUGAUGAUGUCUAGCUAUGGCGCUGGAUUCUCCUUCCUUUUUCUGCUUUUUCUCGCUGUUUUGGCUACUGGGAAUCAACUUAGUUUCACUCAAUCUAAUGGGUCUGUCGCUGAGAUGGUGCCUCUCAUUGAGGAAGGGAAAAUGAAUAUGAUGGAGAUGAAUGAGACUAGAAGGAGACUAGGGAGCUUCCAAAUUUGUGCUCCUUGCACUUGCUGUGGUGGAGCUAAGGGUCUGUGUUUGCCUUCUCCUUGUUGCUAUGCCAUCAAUUGCAACAUCCCUAAUAGGCCAUUUGGUUUUUGCUCAUUCACUCCCAAAUCAUGUAAUUGCUUUGGAUGCAAUCUCUAGCCUAUAUAUAUAUAUACACAAUUACACAUAUUUCUCUGAAAUUUCAUUGGAUAUAUAAGAUGUUAUUGGUUAGAUUUUGAGUUAGGUUCAUUUGUCAUCUCUGUUGCUCUUUUGCUCUUUUCUGGAAAGGAUUGAUUUGAAGAAAUCUGUCCUGAAAUUUAAUUAUUUUUUUCUAUAGUUUAAUGAAAUUAUGUUUCUCUUGGACCCUCUUAGUUCCAGGAUUUGUCCUAGAGUUGUGAAAGUAGCCAAUUCCUGAAGAUAGGAUUGUGAGGUUUGGUCACCAAUUUUUUUUUUUUUUUUUUUUUUUUUGCCGUAUUCCAUUUGUUAUUGGAGCUGCUGCUGCUGCUGCUGCUUGUUUAUUUUGUUGUAAUCGAGUGCAAAUUGCGGUACAAAUUCGGAUGAUAUAGUAUGUUUAGGUGAUGAAUGAUAUGGGAGACCUUGAUGUUGUAAGAUGAUGUAUAGAUUUUCAUGAAGUAACAUGUGUUUGUUCUUGUAAAAA